CCCAGCCACAGCGACCGCCGCAGGACCCGCGCCCGGAGCGCCGGGAGCAGCCCCCGAGGCCCCGCGCCGCACCCCGGGAAGGAGCAGCCGCAGGACCGGGGCCAGCCGAGCGCGCCGCAGCCGCCCGCCCACCAGUCGAUGCUGAUCUCGCCCGCCACCGGGACCUCUCCUGCCCCCAGAUAGCCUAAUAUAAUCUCUAUCUAGAUAUAUAAUAUAUAAUGUCCUUAAAUUAUUCCCGAUUUUUUUAACGAAACCAAGCUGCCAAGUAAAGCACGUAUUCGCUCCCGUUAGCACUAAUUUUUACGCGAGCGAAUCUAAACUGCUGAGGAAGACCGUAUGUGAUUGUUAAAUUAUAUAUAGAUAUAUUUUUACUCUGAGCAACGCUUAUUCUUCUACAUCCAUAGAUGCUUGAGAAGCUGUGUUUUUGGUCAUUCAUGUGUAUUUUCCUUUGGAAAGAGAAAGCGCCUAUUUUACUAACCAAAGACUUGAUUUUGGGGGGUCCCCUCGGUUUCGAUUCCCUCCUAGAAGUAAGCCCAGUUGGAUUUGUGUCAGUGUUUUAAGAGAUUUUUUUGAGUGUUUUUUUUUUUCCUUUUCCCAGACCAGAAUUCCAAAUCAGAACUAUUUUCGGGUGAUAAGCUGCGAUCUUUUGAGCUAGCUAUAAAUAAGACAUUGCAAACAGACACAUCGGGACAGAGGAUUUUUCAAAAGGCUUGAGACAUCAGGUUGGUGGUGGUGGUUGUGUUUGAGAGUGUGUUUUUUCUUUCCUUUUCCCUUCAUUUUUUGCUGUUGUUUUUCCUUGAGAGCUUCUGAUCCUAAAAAUAAUAAAUGGGGGAUUACGGGUUUGGAGUGCUCGUGCAAAGCAAUACUGGGAAUAAGUCUGCUUUUCCAGUGCGAUUCCACCCCCAUCUCCAGCCUCCACACCACCACCAAAAUGCCACCCCCAGUCCUGCUGCUUUCAUCAAUAAUAACACAGCUGCCAACGGCAGCAGCGCCGGCUCUGCUUGGCUCUUUCCUGCCCCGGCUACCCACAACAUUCAGGAUGAGAUCCUGGGGUCCGACAAGGCCAAGAGUCAGCCCCCCGAGCAGCCAGACCCUUUAGAGAAGCAGCCGCUGUCGCCGAGUCCAGGUCAAGAAGCUGGCAUCUUGCCCGAAACAGAGAAGGCAAAAGCCGAAGAAAAUCCAGGGGACAGUUCGUCAGAAAACGGCAACGGGAAGGAGAAAAUUCGGAUCGAGUCGCCCGUGCUGACCGGGUUUGACUAUCAAGAAGCCACGGGCCUGGGGGCUUCCACACAACCUUUGACAUCCAGCGCUUCGUCCCUGACAGGCUUCAGCAACUGGUCGGCCGCCAUCGCGCCUUCCUCCUCCACCAUCAUCAACGAAGAUGCCAGUUUCUUUCACCAGGGAGGGGUCCCCGCCGCCUCGGCGAAUAACGGUGCUCUGCUGUUUCAGAAUUUCCCCCACCACGUCAGCCCCGGCUUCGGAGGCAGCUUCUCCCCGCAGAUCGGGCCUCUGUCCCAGCACCACCCUCAUCACCCCCACUUCCAGCAUCAUCACAGCCAGCAUCAGCAGCAGAGGAGGUCCCCUGCCAGCCCCCACCCCCCACCUUUCACGCAUAGAAACGCUGCUUUUAACCAGCUGCCGCAUUUGGCUAAUAAUCUUAGCAAGCCCCCCUCGCCCUGGAGCAGCUAUCAGAGCCCCUCUCCGACCCCAUCUUCUUCCUGGAGCCCCGGAGGGGGCGGCUAUGGUGGCUGGGGAGGGUCCCAAGGCCGGGAUCACCGCCGCGGGCUGAACGGAGGCAUCACGCCCCUCAACUCCAUCUCACCUUUGAAGAAGAAUUUUGCAAGCAAUCACAUUCAGCUCCAGAAGUAUGCCCGCCCCAGCUCCGCCUUUGCUCCAAAAUCCUGGAUGGAAGAGAGUCUGAACAGGGCUGACAACAUUUUUCCUUUUCCGGAUCGCCCCAGGACGUUUGACAUGCACUCGCUGGAGAGCUCACUCAUCGACAUCAUGAGGGCGGAGAAUGACUCCAUUAAAGGUCGUCUAAACUAUUCAUACCCAGGAUCCGAUAGCUCUCUGCUUAUUAAUGCAAGGACAUAUGGGCGCAGGAGAGGUCAGUCAUCCCUGUUCCCAAUGGAAGAUGGAUUCUUGGACGACGGCCGUGGGGAUCAACCGCUUCACAGUGGCUUGGGGUCACCUCACUGCUUCACUCACCAGAACGGAGAAAGAGUGGAGCGCUAUUCCCGCAAGGUGUUUGUGGGUGGCUUACCUCCCGACAUCGAUGAAGAUGAGAUCACAGCUAGCUUUCGUCGCUUUGGCCCUUUGAUAGUGGAUUGGCCCCAUAAAGCAGAGAGCAAAUCCUACUUCCCUCCUAAAGGCUACGCAUUCCUGCUAUUUCAAGAUGAAAGUUCCGUCCAGGCUCUGAUCGAUGCGUGCAUUGAGGAAGAUGGCAAACUCUACCUGUGUGUGUCCAGCCCCACCAUCAAAGAUAAGCCUGUGCAGAUUCGGCCGUGGAACCUGAGCGACAGUGAUUUUGUGAUGGACGGUUCCCAGCCUCUUGACCCCCGGAAAACUAUAUUUGUUGGCGGUGUGCCUCGACCCUUGCGAGCUGUGGAGCUGGCCAUGAUAAUGGAUCGGCUGUACGGAGGCGUGUGCUAUGCUGGGAUCGACACCGACCCCGAGCUCAAGUACCCGAAAGGAGCCGGGCGAGUUGCCUUCUCGAACCAACAGAGCUACAUAGCUGCUAUCAGCGCCCGCUUUGUCCAGCUGCAGCAUGGAGAGAUAGAUAAACGGGUGGAAGUUAAGCCAUAUGUCCUGGACGACCAGCUGUGUGAUGAGUGUCAGGGGGCCCGCUGCGGAGGGAAGUUCGCUCCGUUUUUCUGUGCUAAUGUCACCUGCCUCCAGUAUUACUGCGAAUAUUGCUGGGCCGCCAUUCAUUCGCGGGCAGGCAGGGAGUUUCACAAGCCCCUGGUGAAGGAAGGAGGCGACCGUCCUCGGCAUAUUUCCUUCCGCUGGAACUAACCGAAGGAGAACCGUAGCGCUCCUUUUCAGGCCUCCCCGAUCGGCGCCCUCUUCUGUUCAUGCUCACCCUCCUUCCUCGCCCGCGCCAAUGCUGGCAUGCCCUCUCGGUAACUGUUCGUGACUUACCAAUAGUAUAAUGCAACGAAUGGCCUAUAAUAGAGGUGUUUGUAGAUUCUCACGUCCCCGAAACCAAUAGGUAGGAACUCCCUUUCCACAGGGCCGUCAUGUUGCACCGAAGUUGGUUUCUCUGGUUUUGCUGGAGACUAAGAGGAACCCAACUUCCAGCAACAGUUUUGCAGAGGAGAGACAGAGAGAGAGAACUAUUAAAAAAGAAAUGAGACGAUAGAGUAUUUUGGGUUUUUUAAUUAAAUUAUUGUUAAUAAUAUAACAUAGAAGAAUACUUUUAUUAAAAUAGCCUUGCACCAAGAACACUAUCAUCUAUCCUGACAACCCCUCCCUCCCAAGGAACUGCUUUUGCUUUUUUUCCCUUCUUUUCUGUUCCUUCAUCAUCUUUCUGGCCUCUCUCUUAGCCCCCCACCCCCCUGUAUUCUUUUCACGGCAGUGGAGGAAGUUAACAAUUAUUAACAGGAAAGCGCAUAUUAAAGCCAACACAAAUGCAUGAGCCAGACUGAAGCAACAUUCUAAGGACUCUGAGGGGUUUUUUUUGAGGCUGAAUAGUGUUCCUUCUAGCCUCCAAGUUACCUCCGAAAAGGAAAGACUAAAUAGGAACAUAAGCAGAGCUGGGUUUAUUUUCUCUUUAAACCAUGUUGGAAAUGUAGAAUGUAAAAAAAUAAAAUAAAGAGGGGGGUGAAUUUACUACUGAAUGGGGGGGACAGUUACUGUAGUAUACUGAUUCCUAUUGAAACUUACUCAUUGGGCCGUAGCCCCAAGAAAACCUACCAAAGCUAGAAUUCACGCCAGCUGGUGGGAAAACAAGCAUUUCCUCUCCCGAAGAACAAAUGCAGAGAUUUUUAUUUUCGGUGUGCUCUAGGAACUCUGUAGCCGAACUUACUUAAUAACACUCAUCCUCUGACAGCCUUUGCUCUCCAUUUUGACGUUAUAAAGGAAAAGAAAACCGAGCUAGAGAUACCUCAAAGAUAAAUCACUUUCGAUUUUGUUCGCAAAAAAGAAAAAAAAAGAGACAAAAACAAAGAAAGAAAUAAACAAACAAACAAACAAAAAACCCCAUCACCAACGAAAAAAUCCGAGCUACCAAUUGGCUGCUGAUUGGCUUACUUUUUUCUGAUUUCCAGUCACUUUGGGGAAUCCUGUAAUUUAGUUGUAACAUAGCAAAUGAAAAAAAAAAAGCUUAAAAAAAAGUUAAGUAGUUGCAAAGUGUUUUGCACCGUUGAUCUAAGUAACUGUGUAAAUCUGUGCAAAGGUACGUAUGUUUAUCUUACUCUUCCUAUAAAAUAAAAGAACAUUACAGUUUCAGAACUUAGCAUGGGACAUAGACAGUGUUUGAAGUGCCAACUUCACCAAGUAAUGCAUGCUUUAUUAUAAAUAAAAUUCUAGCUUGGAAAGGCGUUAUUAUGUGUUGAACAGUAUGCUUCAGGGGUGAAUUUAAAAAUAGUCUCUUGAAGCCCGGUAAUGGAAAAUAACCAUUCUUUUCGUUGACAUUCUCUUACUCAAAUGCCCUAUCCACCAGGAAAAGGAUUAUUAGCGGUGUGCAAAACGUCACAAAAAAAAAAUCCACACACACACAACAAAGAAAACUCCAGUGGCACUCUUGCUAGGUGUACCACCUACCCGUACCAUCUGGGAGCCCUGCAAGCCAAAGAUGCCCCAGCACCACUAGGAACCACCCGGCCAACACCCUCCCCCAGCUGAUCUCGCUCUUGGCAGAGCGGGCCUUUCCCGAACUCCGUCCCGGUUCCGUUCCAUUCCAAAGGUCAAAAUGGAGACAUCUGCUGUCGAACCAUCCAGCCUAGCAAGGGAGCUGCUUUUCUUUUUUCUUUUCUGUGAAUCGCUGCAAAUCCUGAAAGUUCGUCCUAGGGGGCUGGGCAGCGGGGAGGGGCGCAGUUUGCUCUGUGUAGCUGGUCAGGAAUUUCUUUCUUCUCUCCUGCUGAGUUCCGUCCUUCUCACUGGAGUGCUCAUUUGCCUCUUUCUUAUUCUUUGCAAUGCUUGUAGGUGGCUUGGGGUAUGCUAUUGUGCUGGGCCUACGCAGUGAACAGGUGUGUGGAGUUAACCAGAAAUAACACUGAGAACUAGCUUUGAAUAAUCAUUUCUCCCUUUGUACAUGACCUGCUGAAUUUCGGUACAGUGUUUUUGUAGCUAACUUAUUUUGUCAUGCACAUAAUGUAUAUUUGUUAUGCACUACUUUUGUAUAUCUUGUUUUUCCAACAGUGAACAUUUUUAGGCACACUUUUCACUGACGGGAUAUCUCUUUAUGCAAUACCUCAAUUUUUCAUAUUGCAAAGAGUAGCUUUUUGUACUUUUAUUACUGAGAGAUCUUCAUAUACUUCAUUUUUUAAUAUAAAUAAUUUUAAUAAAUUUUAUUUUCUUAUAUUCUGCUUUUUAUACAUUUCAGUGCUCUGCGUACAUUUUAAAUUCUGGAUGCCGUGCACUGCCAAUGCUAUUUUAGAAUCUGCAGAGAAGAGAAAGCAUGUUGCUUCAAACAUUCUUCCCCAGCACCACUCUCGGUGUCCCUAGCAUUUAAAAAAAUAGUCUUAUGUGAAGUCACAAAUUAAUGAGGAAAAACAGAUUCGCAUGAAAAUGACAGGCAACACUGUACUUCCUAAAACAAACGAAUGAAAACAAAACACACACACACAAAAGAAAACCAAGGGAAAAAAAUGAAAUGCAUAAUAAGCCUAGGGUAGAAAUUUAAAAGAACAAAAUUGUCUACAGCUUCUUACUAGGUUUUUAAAAUGAUUCAUAAUGCAGACAUUUUUGGUGAAUGUUUAGCCAUUUUUAAUAUUAAUAAAUUGAUGUUAAGUGUUUGAUUCCGAGAUGUCUGCCCUUUUAAAUUAUAUAGAAAGAAAAAAAAUAGCCUGCCGUGGGACAGGUGUGUGAUGUUAGUAUGCAUGACUAAUGUAAGAAUUGUUAUUCUCCUAAUAUUUACUCGUGAUUGUGUGGCAAGCGUGUUUACAGAUUCUUUGAUUACACUUCAAUUUACAGGGCAUAAACAAUUAUUAUCUAUUACUCUGAACUUUGAUUGAUUACAUGUCCUUCAGAUUACAUGGGAUCGUCAUUGGAAGUUACCAUGUAACUCCCAACACAAUCAACAUGUAAUUCGUUUACAGAUUUUAGGGUAUCACUUCAAUUCCCCAAGCAUGUGGUUCGAGCACACUAGCAUGGCACUAGCCAUGUACUUACAAUGUAGUUACAGAGUAAUUACAUGGUUAUUUUUGCAAUGUAAAAUAAAGUGUUUCUGAUUAUUUUCUAUGUAAAAGAGCCCUUUCCUCUUCCUCCCUUCUGCCCCCCUUCACCCGACCCCCCCGCCCGCUUUGGUAUAAUAUAUAUACUUCUCCAUACACAGAGCUCUGCAGAAUGCAAAAUAAAACUUGCAGUGAAUGAAUUUCGCAUUUUAUGAGAGUGCUGUUGGAAAGACUUGAUUGAUAAUUCACCCCUUUUGUUUCGAAGAGUUGAAUCUUCUGUUCAAAGGUGAUUUAAAACUUGAAUGUGAUGAAUUGUGGCGAGUUAACUUCAAGUUAUGUGCAAUACUUAUUUCAAACUUUUGAAAGAUCUUUGCAGUGUGAUUCUUUGUUUUUAAUUGCAGACAUUUAAAAAAUGUCAUUUUCUACUGUUAAGAGUAAUCCUCUUUCUUGUUGGUGUUUCUAAAGAAAAGAAUCAGAAAUCAAUCUUUCUACUAAUGUAAAUUUGAGAUUAUUUUUAAAAAUGGAAUAAAAGAGGUUUUGGUCAUUUGCUUUAUUUUAUUAUCUUAUUUUAAAGCUACUGUGAUUGAUAGCAUUGUAAGAAUUGGGACAAUAUUGUAUUCAACUGUUUUAUUUUUUAUAUUUUUAAAAUUUAAAGUAUAAUUAGUUUUUAUAAUUUUCAUCAGAUUUUUGUUAUAUUUUUUGGAAGUGAAACUUUUAGCCAGUGGGUGUCUAGUUUUUACUAAUCCCUAAUGUUUUAUUUUCCCCCCCAGUGUAUUGCUCAUAUUAUCAGAAGGAAAAGUUAUUUAAGUUUGUCAGUUAAUUGUACUACUUGGCUGAAUUUCCAUAUAGUUUUUACUGUGUAUGGGGAGGUUGUAGUAUUUAUUAUAGCAUUUUAAAUAAGGGUAAUUCAUUUUUUAUUAAAGUCAUUUUCACCUUAAGUUCCUAUUUUUGUAUGUUCUACUCUUAAGUUAUAUAACACAGUUCCUUUUUUAAAAGAGUUCAUUUGUUGAAGUGCUAGUGGAAAAUUAAUGUUAUUAAAUAGUUUGCAAAUGACUAUUUAUACCAGUAUGCAUAUAAUUUUUAAAUAUUUGUAAUGUGAGAUGUUGAAUGAAUAAAACUUUUAACUCCG